UAUUUAUUAUUAAAAAAUAUAAAUAUAAACAAAGUAUUUGUAUCCUAAGUGUCAAUUUUUUUUUAUUCGCAUAAUUUAUCAAUUAAAAAUGAGUUCAACGAAAAGGCCUUAUAAUGAAACGAUAUCUUCUAAUUCUUCCAUUUCUACUACUUUAAAUGACACAAAUGAUUAUAUUGUAUUGGGAGAACAACAAGAAGUUGAACAAGAAAUGGAUAUUGAAGAACAAAUUCAACAAGUUGAAGAAGAGAAUUUUGUUAGUAGAAGGAAAAGAGCAAAUACUGAUAAAGAUGAUUUAUUUAAGUCAAAUACAAAUGACCAUCCAUUUCAAUCGUCAACCCCAAUUUCUUCAACGAAAGAUACUUUAAAUUAUCCUUCGAGUAAUACAUUUUCUAAUACUCCAGAUUCUAUUGCUAAUUCAAGGAAAACUGUUUCUUUUACAACAACAACAUUUCUAAAUAAUUACAUUUCUCCGAAAGAUUCUUUUAAUAAUAAUAUGCAUGAUAACAAUUCUACGUUAAAAGUGUCGGAAGAUACAAAAGCACUAAGUCCAAUUGAUUUGUUAAUGUCAUCACCUCCAAUUUCCACUUCAACACCAAAAACAAGUCAAACAAAAAAUACGUCAAAUUCUUCACUAACUUUAACAACUCAAAAUUCGGAUACAUGGGACUUUAAUUAUACUGAUUCUUCUUGCAAUACUGCUUCAAAUUCAAAUGACAAUAAGAUCAACAGCCAUUUCCCUAGUGAUGCUAAUAUAAUUCAUACAAAUUUAAACAUAGAUUCAAGUCAUGGACCAUUUAGUCCGAUUUAUUCACAAAUUUAUGAUAGUGAAGGAAUUGUAUUCGCUACAGAAUCAUUUAAUUAUUUAGUACAAUUAUAUGAAUUUUGCGAUAAUAAUUCAACAAAUUUACAAUCAAAAAUAACUUCGAUAUUAGGAGAUUUAGUUUUAUUGAUAAAUAAUCAACUGGAUGGGUUUGAUAUACCAUUUAUUGAACAUCAUAAAUGGAAUGGGUCACAUUUUUACGGCUCUGUUGAUGUUGAAUAUUUAUUAGAUCAAUUAGACGAUGGUUUGGGUAUAUCAUCUGCUAAAUAUGUUUGGUAUGAUUAUAAUAAUAAUAUGAGAAUUAGCGGAUCCGUUUUACAAUGUGGUUGUCGUAGAACACAUCGAACACAUCGUAGAACAUGUCGUAUAGAUGAGAACCAAAGCUCAUCUUCUUCCUCUGCAUCUUCACCUACGUUAUCUACGUCUUUUACUUCGGACCUUCAACGGCCAGCCAAUAAUACUAAUGAUUUACAGGAUAAUGAUUUGAGACACGCCGUAUUAAACAGAGACGCUGAGAGAGAAGCUCAAAUUUUUUUAGAAUUAUUAGCUGAAGAAGAAGAGAACGGAGAAGAUAAUGAUAUCGAACAAGAAGAAGAAAGUGAUUCUUUCACUGAAAUUUCCAAAGAAAGUGAUGAUGACGAUGAUUUUCUUAUUCAAGGUCUUGCUUCAACUAGUAUUCGUCAACGCACUGAUACAUUCGGUAAUCCUAUUAUAAAUCAGACUAGAACAACUUCUGCUCGUCAUAUAUCAAGACCUUCUGCUGAUAAUGACGGUAACGAUACUGAUGAUUCUCUUGACGAUUAUUUAGCCGAAAGCGGUAAUUUAACUGAAUCCACUUAUGAAGAGAUUGACUUCUCUGAUGUUGAAAGUACUGCAACUGAUUCUACUAUUGAAGAUGGUUGGCAUAAUGUCUCAAGAGAUAAUUAAUUUAUAUAGAUUUAUCUUCUCUUAUUUCUUUUGCUUUUUUUGUAUUUUUAUUUCUUAUUUCUGUUUGAAAAUAUAACAUAAAUAACAUAAACAUUCAAAAAUAAAUAAAAAGUAUAUUUUAGUAAGCAA